AUGGUAGGGUCACAGGCUCAGUUUGCUACUCAUUCUGGACAAGAAAUCACACAAUCCAACUCUUUUCAAAUUCAGAGCAAAUCUGCCUCAACAACUGUGAACGAGAUUGUGAUCAAACCUGCCAGCGUUGGUUUUCAGAAUCCUGUUUGCAAGAAUGAUAAAACGGCAAUUGUGUGUAGACAAAAUCUUGGCACAGCAGAAUCCGUCAAGAGAAAAACAGAAAGCACCCAUCAAGCCCAAAGUGAUGCACAACCCAACAAAAAGACUCAAAGCACAGGAACUAAGCGCAAUGUAAAUAAAAAUCAGCCAAAGCAUAUUGAUGUGGAGCAACCCCAGGGAAAACCUGUAACUCGUGACAUGGUGGAGUCACAGGCCCAGUUUGCUACUCAUUCUGUGAACGAGGCUGUGACCAAACCUGAUGGUAGCAAUGUCAGUUUACAGGAUCCUGUAGUGAUUGGUAAUACAACUGUACCUCAAACAUCGCAGAGACUGUCUACAAGAUCUAGAAAUUCAAUUAGCAGGUUUACUGAGGACAAUUCAGCUGCAUUCAAACAAUGCCACAGUGUUUUGCCUAUCUCUCACGCUGAAGGAAGCAACAUCGAGAGGCUGGUUUGCAAGAAUGAUAAAAUGGCUACUAUGAGUAGUCAUGUUCUUGACAUAUCAGCAUCCCUUAAGAGAAAAACAGAAAGCACCCAUCAAGCCAAAAGUGGUGCACAACCCAAGAAAAAGACUCAAAGCACAGGGACUAAGCGCAAUAUAAAUAAAAAUCAGCCAAAAAAUAUUGAUGUGGAGCAACCCCAGAGAAGACCUAAAACUCUUGACAUGGUGGAGUCACAGGCCCAGUUUGCUACUCAUUCUGGACAAGAAAUCACACAAUCCAACUCUUUUGAAAUUCAGAGCAAAUCUGCCUCGACAACUGCGAACGAGAUUGUGACCAAACCUGCCAGCGUUGGUUUUCAGAAUCCUGUAGUCAUUGGUAAUACAACUGUACCUCAAACAUCGCUGAGACGGUCUGGAAGAACUAGAAAUUCAUUUAGUGGGUUUACUGGCCAAGCUGAGGACAAUUCAGCUAGAUCCAAACAAUGCCAACGUGUUUUGUCCAUCUCUCACCCUGAAGGAAGCAACAUCGAGAGGCUGGUUUGCAAGAAUGAUAAAACGGCAAUUGUGAGUAGACAAAAUCUUGGCACAGCAGAAUCCGUCAAGAGAAAAACAGAAAGCACCCAUCAAGCCCAAAGUGAUGCACAACCCAACAAAAAGACUCGAAGCACAGGAACUAAGCGCAAUGUAAAUAAAAAUCAGCCAAAGCAUAUUGAUGUGGAGCAACCCCAGAGAAGACCUAAAACUCUUGACAUGGUGGAGUUACAGGCUCAGUUUGCUACUCAUUCUGGACAAGAAAUCACACAAUCCAACUCUUUUGAAAUUCAGAGCAAAUCUGCCUCGACAACUGUGAAUGAGAUUGUGACCAAACCUGCCAGCGUUGGUUUUCAGAAUCCUGUAGUCAUUGGGAAUACAACUGUACCUCAAACAUCGCUGAAACAGUCUGGAAGAACUAGAAAUUCAUUUAGUGGGUUUACUGUCCAAGCUGAGGACAAUUCAGCUAGAUCCAAACAAUGCCAAAGUGUUUUGCCUACCUCUCACCCUGAAGGAAGCAACAUCGAGGGGCUGGUUUGCAAGAAUGAUAAAACGGCAAUUGUGAGUAGACAAAAUCUUGGCAGAGCAGAAUCCGUCAAGAGAAAAGCAGAAAGCACCCAUCAAGCUAAAAGUGAUGCACAACCCAACAAAAAGACUCAAAGCACAGGGACUAAGCGCAAUGUAAAUAAAAAUCAGCCAAAGCAUAUUGAUGUGGAGCAACCCCAGGGAAAACCUGUAACUCGUGACAUGGUGGAGUCACAGGCCCAGUUUGCUACUCAUUCUGUGAACGAGGCUGUGACCAAACCUGCUGGUAGCAAUGUCAGUUUACAGGAUCCUGUAGUCAUUGGUAAUACAACUGUACCUCAAACAUCGCAGAGACUGUCUACAAGAUCUAGAAAUUCAAUUAGCAGGUUUACUGAGGAGAAUUCAGCUCCAUUCAAACAAUGCCAGAGUGUUUUGCCUAUCUCUCACGCUGAAGGAAGCAAUAUCGAGAGGCUGGUUUGCAAGAAUGAUAAAAUGGCUACUAGGAGUGGUCAUGUUCUUGACAUAUCAGCAUCCCUUAAGAGAAAAACAGAAAGCACCCAUCAAUCCAAAAGUGAUGCACAACCCAACAAAAAGACUCAAAGCACAGGGACUAAGCGCAAUAUAAAUAAAAAUCAGCCAAAGCAUAUUGAUGUGGCGCAACCCCAGGGAAAACCUGUAACUCAUGACAUCGUGGAGUCACAGGCCCAGUUUGCUACUCAUUCUGGACAAGAAAUCACACAAUCCGACUUUUUUGAAAUUCAGACCAAAUUUGCCUCUACAACUGUGAAUGAGGCUGUGACCAAGCCUGCUGGUAGCAAUGUCAGUUUCCAGGAUCCUGUCGUCAUUAGUAAUACAACUGUACCUCAAACAUCGCUGAGAGGGUCUACAAGAUCAAGAAAUUCAAGUUGCGGGUUUACUGUCCAAGAUGAGGACAAUUCAGCUACGUCCAAACUAUGCCAAAUUGUUUUGUCGCUCUCUAACGCUGAAGGAAGCAACAUCGAGAGGCUGGUGAGAAAUAUUUACCCUUCUGCUACAAAGCCUACAUACUGUAGAUAG